GGCAGCGGCAGCGGCGGCGGCGGGGUCCUGGCGUGGGCCAGCAGGGAGGGAGAGACGCGGGCCGAGGGCCAUAGUGGAUGGUUUCUAAAAUGAUCAUCGAAAACUUCGAAGCGCUCAAAACCUGGCUCAGCAAGACCCUCGAGCCUAUCUGUGAUGCUGACCCAUCAGCUCUAGCUAAAUAUGUUCUUGCUUUGGUAAAGAAGGAUAAAAGUGAAAAAGAGCUGAAGGCUUUAUGUAUUGAUCAACUGGAUGUAUUUCUUCAGAAGGAGACACAGAUAUUUGUAGAGAAACUUUUUGAUGCUGUGAAUACGAAGAGCUACCUACCUCCACCUGAACAGCCAUCAUCAGGAAGUCUAAAGGUAGAAUUUUUUCAACACCAAGAAAAAGAUAUAAAAAAGGAAGAGGAGAAUGAUCUUCAGACUGGAAAGGAUAGAACAAACAUGGUUAAAAGGGAAUUGGAGCCAAAGAUAGGUGAGGAGAUAGUGAGAGAGCACCUAGCGACUCUAAAUGAGUUCAAGUCUCCUGGCCUGGACGAAUUACACCCUAGGGUGCUGAAAGAACUCACAGAUGUGAUCGCUGAACCGCUGUCGGUGAUCUUUGAUGAAUCGUGGAGAACGGGAGAGGUGCCACGGGACUGGAGACGGGCAAAUGUCCCAAUUUUCAAAAAGGGGAAGAAGGUGGAUUCCACAAACUACAGACCGAUCACAAAGGAGGAGGAACGAGAGAAGAAGUUUUCUAGAAGGUUAAAUCAUAGUCCUCCCCAGUCAAGUUCCCGGUACAGAGAAAAUAGGAGCCGUGAUGAAAGGAAAAAGGAUGAUCGUUCUCGAAAAAGAGAUUACGAUCGAAACCCACCGAGAAGAGAUUCCUAUAGAGACCGGUAUAAUAGAAGAAGAGGGCGAAGCCGAAGUUAUAGUCGAAGUCGGAGUCGGAGUUGGAGUAAAGAGCGAUUGCGAGACAGAGAUAGAGACAGAAGCAGGACCAGAAGCCGAAGUCGAACACGAAGCAGAGAAAGAGAUCUGGGAAAACCAAAAUAUGACCUGGAUAGAACAGAUCCAUUAGAAAACAACUAUACUCCAGUUUCUUCUGUAACUAACAUUUCAUCCGGCCACUAUCCUGUUCCUACUUUGAGCAGUACUAUUACUGUUAUUGCUCCUACUCAUCAUGGUAAUAACACUACAGAAAGCUGGUCUGAAUUUCAUGAAGACCAGGUGGACCAUAACUCUUAUGUAAGACCUCCAAUGCCAAAGAAACGUUGCCGAGAUUAUGAUGAAAAGGGUUUCUGUAUGAGAGGAGAUAUGUGCCCUUUUGAUCAUGGAAGUGACCCUGUAGUUGUAGAAGAUGUAAACCUUCCUGGCAUGCUGCCAUUCCCAGCACAACCCCCUGUUGUUGAAGGACCACCCCCUCCUGGACUUCCCCCACCUCCACCAAUUCUGACACCUCCACCUGUGAAUCUUAGACCUCCAGUGCCACCUCCAGGUCCAUUACCACCUAGCCUUCCUCCUGUCACAGGGCCACCACCUCCACUUCCUCCUUUGCAGCCAUCUGGCAUGGAUGCUCCUCCAAAUUCUGCAACCAGUUCUGUUCCCACUGUAGUAACAACGGGUAUUCAUCACCAGCCUCCGCCUGCACCACCCUCUCUCUUCACAGCAGUUUUUGUAUUACCAGAUACAUAUGACACAGAUGGCUAUAAUCCUGAAGCCCCAAGCAUAACAAACACUUCCAGACCUAUGUAUAGACACAGAGUGCAUGCCCAAAGGCCUAAUUUGAUAGGACUUACUUCAGGAGAUAUGGAUCUGCCACCCAGAGAAAAGCCUCCUAAUAAAAGCAGUAUGAGGAUAGUGGUUGAUUCAGAGUCAAGAAAAAGAACUAUUGGAUCAGGGGAACCUGGAGUUCCUGCUAAGAAGACUUGGUUUGACAAGCCAAACUUUAAUAGAACAAAUAGCCCAGGUUUUCAGAAGAAGGUUCAGUUUGGAAAUGAAAAUACCAAACUUGAACUCAGGAAAGUUCCUCCAGAAUUGAAUAAUAUCAGCAAACUUAAUGAACAUUUCAGCCGAUUUGGAACUUUGGUCAACUUACAGGUUGCCUUUCAUGGUGAUCCUGAAGGUGCACUUAUUCAAUUUGCAACAUAUGAAGAAGCAAAAAAAGCGAUCUCUAGUACAGAAGCAAUUCUGAAUAAUCGUUUUAUUAAAGUCUAUUGGCACCGAGAGGGAGCUGCCCAGCAACUGCAAACAUCUUCCCAGAAAGUUAUACAACCUUUAGUCCAGCAGCCCACUUUGCCUAUUGUGAAGCAGUCUGUGAAAGAACGAUUAGGUCCAGUCCCUUCAAGUAAUAUUGAACCCGCAGAAGCCCAGAGUGCUAGUACAGAUAUUCCUCAGAAUGUAACUAAGUUAUCUGUGAAGGACAGGUUGGGUUUUGUAUCAAAGCCAUCUGUUUCAGCAACUGAAAAGGUGUUGUCUACUUCAACUGGCCUCACAAAAACAGUGUACAAUCCAGCUGCUUUGAAAGCUGCACAGAAAUCCUUACCUGCUGUUUCCAUCUCUACAUUAGAUAACAGUGAAGCACAGAAAAAAAAACAGGAAGCACUAAAACUGCAACAGGAUGUGAGAAAGAAGAAGCAAGAGAUUUUAGAAAAGCACAUUGAAACACAGAAGAUGUUAAUUUCAAAACUGGAGAAAAACAAAGCAAUGAAGUCUGAAGAUAAGGCAGAAAUAAUGAAAACUUUGGAAGCUUUGACAAAUAGCAUUACUAAGUUAAAAGAUGAGUUGAAAGCUGUUUCAUCUGGAAGCUCCCUUCCCAAAAGUGUGAAAACCAAAGCUCAGAUGCAGAAAGAAUUAUUGGACACGGAAUUGGAUUUGUAUAAGAAGAUGCAGGCUGGAGAAGAAGUCACUGAACUUAGGAGAAAAUAUACAGAACUGCAGCUUGAAGCUGCAAAAAGAGGGAUUCUUUCAUCUGGUCGAGGGAGAGGAAUUCAUUCAAGAGGUCGAGGUACAACUCGGGGCAGAGGAAGGGGUCGUGGUCGAGGGAGAGGUGUUCCUGGUCAUGCUGUGGUAGACCAUCGCCCAAGAGCAUUAGAGAUCUCUGCAUUUACUGAGAGUGAUAGAGAAGACCUUCUCCCCCAUUUUGCGCAAUAUGGUGAAAUUGAAGAUUGUCAGAUUGAUGACUCCUCUCUUCAUGCGGUAAUUACAUUCAAGACAAGAGCAGAAGCAGAAGCAGCUGCAAUUCAUGGAUCUCGUUUCAAAGGACAAGAUCUUAAACUGGCCUGGAAUAAACCUGUAAUUAACAUGUCAGCUGUUGAAGCAGAAGAAGUUGAGCCUGAUGAGGAGGAAUUUCAGGAAGAGUCUUUGGUGGAUGACUCAUUGCUUCAAGAUGAUGAUGAAGAGGAAGAAGACAAUGAAUCUCGUUCUUGGAGAAGAUGAUUUGACUCAUCAUUGAUCUGCAAAUGCUAGGACUCUACCUGUGUUUCAUUAGUAUUACCUAAUGUACUUUUACAUAUUUGUAAAAACAAUUUUUUGGUAAAAUGUGAUGAAGAUGGAUUUCAAAAAUAGACUAAAGAGAAGAAACUACCUUCUGAUCCUGUAUUUUGAAAGAUUGCUGUUUGAGUUUUAUUUCAGUAAACAAUUGCUAAAGACAUCACACUAGAAACAUAUGCAAUGUUUUUAUUACAUACUUCUACUGAGCGUUACAGAAUUCUUUGGGUUCUUUGUAAUUUAAUGAAUAGGUCUGAAAAAAAUAUAUGACCAAUACUUGUUAUAACUUAGAGGAUUUUUGUUUUAUUCCAAAGUAUCAGAUGGAUUUGCAUUAAAAAUCUUAAAUGAAUGUUUCCAAAAAUGAAUAGAUAACAUAGUACUAAAGUCUCCAAGUUAUGUAUUCAUAAUAUUGCAUAGUAGUAUGCUUAGGCUUUACUAUGUACUAGCCUUUUGUUUAACUUGUGUAUGUAUUUUACAAAUGGGUUUUAAUGAUAAUGGUGUAUGACUGCUUUGCAUAUAAAUCCUUAUGACUUUAAGAUGUUUGGAAAAAAAAUAAAGUGGAAUGGUCUCUUUAAAAAAAAAAAGAAAAAAGAAAAAAAGCAAUAACCAAAAAAAAAAAAAAAAAAACCUAAGGCAAUGUUCCCUAAUUUAAAAAAAAAAGAAAAGAAAAGAAAAGAAAAAAAAAACUAAAAUAAAAAAAGACCAUUCCAAAUGGUGACCACCCCUUUCCCCCAGUACUCACAAAAAGAGCUAUAAUCACUAAUUUAUUCAUAACAGUAGUUUAAUGGUACCUUUACAAUAAUGUACAAUCUGAUGCCUAAAAUAUUAUACCACUUCAGUUUGGUUUGAUCCUUUAAAUUUCCAACAGAUGUCUUAAAAUUAAAAAGUUAAAAACAGGCUGAUUAGUUUGGAACCACACUUCAAGUAGACCUAAUUUGAUGAAUAAGAAAACCAUCAGAUUACUUUUUGGAUAUAUGAAAGAAAACUUGACCUUGUGAAGAUAAAUGAAUAAAGAAAUGUACUAUAAAUAAGUACUUAGGAAAACAUUGUUUGUAGUCAUGAAAGAUGCCAAAUUGACAGAGGCACAAGUUCCUUCUCUUUGCACCAAACAGCAGAGUUCUAUCAACAUUGGCCGAACUUUAGCUUAGAGGCUACAUUGACAAGACUUGUUCCUGUCUGGAAGAAGACCAUUAUAAAUAUGAUGUGAUACCAUUGUAUACUUGUCUCCUGUUAACUUGAAUUAAUGUUUGGUUUUGAUGCAUAAUUAGCUUUAGUUUUUGGUAGUAUGAAAGGCAACAACUGUUUAUCCCCUGAACUUUGUGUUUGAAUGAGUUUUGUCUUUGGCUAACGUUAUCUUUGAAUACCAAUUUCAGUUUGGGUGUUUAUGUUCUUCCUUUUAAAAUCAGGUUGCUAUUAUUGCAAAUACAUGAGGGAAAACUAUUAAUUUUAAGUUUCUUAACUUCAGAUAUGUUAAACAUGAGUCAAGUUGAAAAGCUUUGUUUCUAAAGUGUGUCUGCAAAGCCAGUUUUUUUUUUUUUUUUUUUUCUUAGCAGUUGGGAAUUAUGAAAGUUGAAAAAAGGUUAAAGUUGCAGUUGGUCAUGGAGAUGGCUUAGAUCUUAAGUUUUCUCUGCUUAAUGGGAUCUGAGAAUAGGAUAGUGACUAUAGACUAUCAAGAUUUUGUUUAAUAACUUUACAAAUUCCUUUAAAAUGCCAAAAGGUCUUUUCUGGAUAAUUGUUUUUUGGUUGUUAAUCCUUCGGAACAGAGAGUAACUUACUGUCAUUUCAAGGGAAAUGUUUUAACCUGGGGAAUUAUAAAUAUUUUGAUGUCCAGUUAGCAUCUUUGCAUUUCAGAAGUUUUCAUUAAAAACUGAAUUCCAGCAGACACUAAGUGAAGUAAUGGUUUGUUUGUUUUUAAAAGAUUAUAUGCUUUUUUUCUAUUUCAAAAAGUGUAUAUUUUGCUUAGUUUUUAGAAGGAAUAUGGUUUUAAUAUUACUUUGGGUUUUGUUAAAGUAAUACAAAAUACUUGUAUAAAAUCUCAUUUAAAAGUCUCAAUCCCAGAUUGUUUUCAAAGUAUAUAAGUUUUGAAUAAUGAUCCUGGGUAAAUACUUAUAUAAAAUAUGUUAAAAGGAUGAAGCUGCACAUAUCACAAUGUCAAAGAGAGAAAAACUAAAUGAUUUUCCAGUUCCUUUCACCAUGCUCUUUCCUAAUUCACUUGCUACACAAAGACUGCUUAGAAAAACACUCAGGUUUUUUGUCUUAUUGCCUAAUUAAGAAAAUGCAUAAAUAGAGAAAAUAAGAAUUUUGAAAACAUUUGUCAUAAUAUGGGCAAGUUCUUAAUACUGAUUUGCAAUAGUGGAAAAUGUGAUAUAUUUAAGAGACUAAAUAAAGUGCCUAUUUUAGAUGGCCAUCAAGUGAAUUUUAAUUAUAGCCAUUGACUUAGCCUACAUUUGUGAAUCAGCAGAUAGUCUAUAACUCAUAGAAUACUUAUACAGUUUAGGCAAGAUAGCCGGUGCUUUAAAGGAUUUAUUCUAAGUAAAAAUUUGGUUACAACCAGGAACCAGGUAAUUCUGAUUGUUUGCUUGCCAUUCCAUUUUGGGCUUUUCAGCUGGGAAUUUUCAGUAUGAUCAGUGUUUUUUGUUACUAAAAGGUCACUAGUUUUAGCUAUAUCUAAUUAUUGAAAAGUUAACAAUAUUGUCAGAAGAUGAGGGUUUGCUUUUAUCAAUAUAAUUCAACAGGAUUCUUAUAAAACUGUGUCGAUAACUGCACACAAUUACUUUUACAUAGUUGAUUGAAGUAAUUCAUCUCCACGACUGAAUCUUUUUUUUAAUAUUAAAAAAAUUAAUGUGUUUAUUUUAUACUUUCAGCUAGUAUAGCCAUGCUAUAUAUUUCUGUUUACAUUUUUACAUAUUGAGUUUCAAAAUAUUCUCACAAAAUACAAAUAUGUAGACUUUUGUAUAACUUUUCUCUUGCUUACAAGACUAUUAUUAGUCCAUAAGUGUGGCUUCUACACAUGUCAAAAAAUUUUUUUGUUGGUGCUACAUAUAGCCCUCCAACAUUUGCUUUUGAUUCAAAUUCCAUCACUCAUUUCCUUCAGCAUGCUCUUUGAACAAAUAGUCCAUUAAAACAAUACAUGACUGACUACUCAGUGAUUUGUAAGUUGGGUAAAGUGUUCAGUCUUCUGAACAUCCAAUGAAAAUGCAAAUGUAAUAAUGCAAAAAUGAGAUAAUUUCUUCUUUUUAAUUGUGUUACUGCUUUCUCGGAAAAAAAAAAAAAAAAAACAAACCCAAAACACUUCAGUUUGUCAUUAGGUCCUAUGUUAAGUUUCUAAGAGGUGUAACAGGUGUUAAUCCUGGUCUAAUUCCAAAUAGAAUAAUUCUAUGCCUGAACCUCCUUACAGUAAACUAGUAAUAAUGUUUUCCCCCUAAACUAUUAUGUAACAUAACGUUUUAUGGAGUUGUUAUUUCAUGCAAUGGUGGUUCUUGAGUACGUAUUUUUAAAAGCUGAUAAACCAGAGAGAGGUGUAAGAAAUUCAUUAGUAUUUUUUUUUAAGGAAUUCUCAAUUCAAACCUUGCAAAGAAUGUUUUAACAAAUCAUUUUUAGGGAUUAAUAGAGCAUUAUGAAUGUUAAACUUACAUUGGUGUUCAAAAUCCUAAACUGUAGUAUAUUAAAAGACUUGACAUUUUUUCCUGCUUUUUGUUUAAUUGAAAGUCCCAACUCAGUUUCUGUGGAUUGAUGAAUUCUGCACUCAUGAAUGUCCCAUUUCAAGAACGUCCCCAGCAUGGGAAAUAUUCCCUGCUCUUUGAAAAGAGCACAAGUAUUGGUUAAGCUGUACCAGCUUUUUUUUUUUUUUUCUCCCCCUUGUGGGAUGGGAAGGGACAAAGGUUGUAUUAAAAAGUGAUGAUAAAAACUUGAACUAGAAUACUAAUCUUAUUUGCUUAAAACAGUAUUACAUGUUCAGUUAUGUCAAUGUUUUUGUUAUUUAUAGCUAAAUUUGUUUUGCUUGUUAAAUAUUCAUGCUCGUUAUUUUUAUAUUUUGAGAACUUUUAAAAUAAAAUUUUUCCUGAAAACAA